AAAUACUAAAUUUCUAAAUUUGUUAAUUCGCGGUUGCAAUCCACAUUUUCCAGCUUGAUAAUGUUGGUACCAUCAAAUAAUUGUUGAUGUGUUUUGUUAUUAUAGAAAAAACGCGGACCCAAAGGGACAAAUAUGUCGCACACAUACCAGGGAACGGAAACCCUGACGAUUGAGGCUCUAGAUUUCAUCUACGAAGAUGAAAUGGAAUAUUUGCACCCUAAACAAGCGCCAAGAAAGGACGAACAAGCCAAGGCGGUGAAAAUAAAGCGACUGACUUGCAACAUAAACGGCUGCACUUACUCAACGGACCGCAGGAGAGACCUGAGGCGCCACAGGCGGUCGCAGAAGCACAUGCUGCUGGAGUCUUGCUCUGAUUCCGAAUCCGAGGUGGAACCGUCGCUGUUCUCGUGCAACGUCUGCGGCUACAAGACUGCCAAGCGAUAUUGCUUCGACCGGCACAAGGAGUCAAGGCGCCACAUAAUGAAGGAGCAGGAGGAGUGCGAGAAGCUGAUGGACGAGGCAGAAAAGGCAGAGAUGCCCGUGAAGCGCAUAAUAAGAGUGGAGGAGCCAGCACCCUUGGAUGCGGACAUCCUUCACACCUCCAUGCCAUGUGACUACAUUACCACUCGAAAAUCUCGCAUAGAACUGCAAGCAAAAAGCCAGGCACAGAUCAAGAUCUUGCAGACCCAGCUGUCAUCGAAUGAGUACAUACAGUACGCGCCCCAGGGGCAAGAACAGAUGGUGGGUCUAUCUGGGGAGUCUGAGGAGACCGAGGACGAAUACCUGGCCUACAAGAUGGAAUGCAGCUCCACCCUAGAGUGCGCGCCCUGCGAAUACAGAACGGCCAGGAGAUUCUGCUUCGUUCGCCACAUGCGGUCGGCCAGGCACCUGGCCAAGAUUCAAGCUGUAUUAGAUGGCGUGGAGGAAAGCGAAGCCCUUGAGUCGGUAGAAUACUUGGAAGCGGAAAAUGAGCUGGAGGAUAUCGAGAGAGAAUCGGAGAGAUCGUUUGUGGAGGAGCUUGAUAUGCACGUUAUGGAAGAGCCCAAUUUGAUGGAGGAUAUACAGGUCUUAGAGGAGCAAGAUGGACCAGAAGAGAUUGACAAUCUAGUGGAGGUCGACGGGGUGGUUCAAACAGAGCCCGGUUUCGAAGUGAUAGAAUAUACACCUGCCGAAGAAAAUGUUUACGAGGAGAUCGUGUACCUGCCCACCGAAGACAGUCCGGAAGACAUUUGCUACUUCAUAGCGUUGGACAAUGAAUAAAUUAGACAUUCUCUGAGCUUUAAUCACUUCAUAUUUUCACAAUUUUUUGGUACGCCUAAUAACAUUGAAAGCCACCGAAUUGUUAAAUAUAAUCAAUGCAAUGAGCAGACUUUGUAUAUGAACUGUAUUUCAGUUUUUGACUCGUUAAAGUCAAAAAUUCAUGUAGCCACUGAAUUGAAAAGUGUUAUAGGAUAGGAAAAUAAAGUUGUGGAGAACAGG